UAACUAAAACAAACAAAAACAACAAUAUGUCCUCCUCCUCUUCGUCAACUAGCAGCGGUGCUGAUGCUGCUACUCUCCGUCAUAACCGCAUCGUCUCUAGCAAGCUCUAUUUCGAUAUCCCUAUCGCCAAGGUUCCGUUAAUUUACUCGUCAAGUUAUGAUAUAUCGUUUCUCGGCAUUGAGAAGCUACAUCCAUUUGAUUCAUCAAAAUGGGGCCGUGUUUGCCGAUUUUUAACCACGGAGGGCGUUUUGGACAAAAACUGUAUUGUUGAGCCGCUUGAAGCGUCAAAGGAUGAUCUCCUUGUGGUCCAUUCGGAGUCAUACUUGAGUAGUCUAAAUAGCAGUUCAAAUGUUGCCUCAAUAAUCGAGGUUCCUCCAGUUGCAAUAUUUCCUAAUGGUCUCGUGCAGAAGAAAGUUCUUUUUCCCUUUCGCAAACAGGUGCAUCCUCUUCUGCAAUUUUUUUUUGUAGUUUACGGGAAAUUGGAAUAUUGUAAUUUUUUUUUUCUACAGGUAGGAGGAACCAUCUUGGCAGCUAAGCUUGCAAAAGAGCGAGGAUGGGCCAUCAAUGUUGGGGGAGGGUUUCAUCACUGUUCUAGUGAGAAAGGUGGUGGAUUUUGUGCGUACGCAGACAUUUCGCUUUGCAUACAUUUUGCAUUUGUCCGGUUGAAUAUAUCAAGGAUAAUGAUAGUUGACCUUGAUGCACAUCAAGGAAAUGGCCAUGAAAUGGAUUUUUAUCAUGAUAGCCGAGUUUAUAUCCUUGAUAUGUACAAUCCUGGAAUAUAUCCAUUUGAUUAUGCAGCCAGGAAAAAUAUCGACCAGAAGGUUGAGAUACAGAGUGGGACCACAACAGAUGAGUACUUGAGGGUUUUAAAUGAAGCACUUGAGGUUGCUGGACAAAAGUUUGAUCCUGAGUUAGUGGUCUACAAUGCUGGCACAGAUAUCCUAGAUGGAGAUCCAUUAGGCAGGCUAAAGGUGACUCCUGAUGGAAUAACUGCUAGAGAUGAGAAGGUCUUCAGGUUUGCUCGUGAAAAGAAUGCCCCUCUUGUCAUGCUUACAUCAGGUGGUUAUAUGAAGUCCAGUGCCAGAGUUAUUUCAGAUUCGAUAGCAAAUCUCUCAAAAAAAUGCUUGAUUGAUUUAAGCAUUUCCAGCUCCAGGUAAAUCAUGAUCUGCUCAAAGGAGGCUAAACAGCCACACUUAAUACUGGUAUGAAUUUCUUGAUUUUGGACUUGCGAAUGAGCCUGUUUUCUGAUAGUUGUGGUCAUAAAUGUAAUCAGUAAGAAAAUUGUGUACAGCAAAGAGAGUUAUAUAUUACAGAGAACGGUUAGUACAUUGUAUUGUAUUGAGUUGCAAGUAAGUAUUCGCUAAUUACCUAACAUAUUUAUGCUUA